AUGCGUCCGCCACGCUCCCAGGUGCCGGCGCUGCUCGAGCUCGCGGUGGCGCUGGCGCUGGCCUCCGCCGCGGCGGCCCGCCACCCCUACGCCAUCGUCCCGCCGCCGGUGGAGCGGGCGGAGGAGGAGGUGCGGCGCAUGGACGCGGCGUGGAAGUCGGAGCACGGCCGCCCGCGCCCGCCCGCCGGCAACUGCGACCUGGCCGGCGGCGAGGAGGAGGACCGGCUGCGCCUGGAGGUGUUCCGCGACAACCUCCGCUACAUCGACGCCCACAACACGGAGGUGGACGCGGGGCUCCACGGCUUCCGCCUCGGCCUCACUCCCUUCGCCGACCUCACCGUCGUGGAGUACCGCGGCCGCGUCCUCGGGUUCCGCGGCCGCCGCGGCGCGGCGCGCCGGGCAGGGAGCACCCGCUACCCGCGCCGACACGGCGACCAGCUCCCCGACGCCGUCGACUGGCGCCAGCUCGGUGCCGUCACCGAGGUCAAGAACCAAGCGCAAUGCGCGAUGCACGCUGGUGGGUGCUGGGCGUUCUCGGCAAUGGCAGCCAUGGAGGGGAUCAACUCGAUCGUCACGGGCAACCUGAUCUCCCUGUCGGAGCAGGAGGUGAUCGACUGCGACGGCCAGGACAACGGCUGCAACGGCGGAGAGAUGCAGAACGCCUUCCAGUUCGUCAUCGACAACGGCGGGAUCGACACCGAGGCCGACUACCCAUUCACCGGAACGGACGGCACUUGUGACGCUAACCGGGUGAAUGAGAAGGUUGUGACCAUAGACAACUUCGUGGAUGUGGCGACCAACAACGAGACGGCGUUGCAGGAGGCGGUGGCGAGCCAGCCCGUUACCGUCGCCAUUGAUGCCGCCGGUCGCGCAUUCCAGCACUACCAGUCGGGCAUCUUCAACGGGAUGUGCGGGACGAAGCUGGACCACGGUGUGACGGUGGUGGGCUACGGCAGCGAGAACGGCAGGGACUUCUGGAUCGUGAAGAACUCAUGGAGCGACGGCUGGGGCGAGGGCGGCUUCAUCCGGAUGGCGCGCAACGUGCCCUCGCCCAGGGGCAAGUGCGGCAUCGCCAUGGACGCGUCGUACCCGGUGAAGUACAGCUCCAACAGCAACCCGGCGGCCAGGGCGGCGAUGGCUGUGCUCGAGAUGGUCGUUGCUUAGGCAGAGAAGAGAGGCGACGGCCGGCCGCUAGGUUGCCCCUUUGUUGCUAUGGUCAUGGUGUGUGUAUGGAGCUGAGUUGCUCGUUUACACUAGUGUUGUUCUGAGUUGUGAACUCGUGAUGCCCGAUGAUCUUGUUGAACUUAGUAUGUGGCACCGGAAAUAAGCUACUA